GGGGGGGGGGCGCCGCUGGUGGGCCGCGAUCCUAACCCGCGCGGCGUCUCUUCCCCGCUGCAGGAGUACGCCUUGUGCCGGGCUUACGUGCGCCUGAAGGGACUGGCCGUGCUCGCCGUGGGUACGGGAGUGGCCUUUGCGGUCCUCAAGAAGCCCCUUCCCCUCCCCUGGAGCGCGCUCGUCUCCCUGGCUCUGGUUGGCUUACCCACCUAUGCAAUGACCCGGAGGCAGCUGAAGAACUGUGCCGACUUGUGGGACUUCCAGACCGCCCCCUCCCCAAAAGUAGCCCAAAAGUGAGAGCGGUGCAAGGUUGGAGCCGUUCAAAGCCAUAUUGCAAAUCCCAACCGGGCAGGACACAAGGCCUGACUCUUCACACCCAACAGCUCACCUGCCAUCAGGUGCCCUCCAAGCAGCGUUUCCGGAGCGGCUCCCUUUUCCGGCUCUAUUCUCCUCAAAAGACAGGCGCUCCACCUUCCUUCAGGCAGCCGGAGAGCAACAGUCGGUGGCUGAGAUGGGCUGGCACCUUUAUGGGCCCUGGAUCCAGUCAGGCCCCCGGUUUUACCACAACCCAGAGUGGGAAAGUGACGCUUGACC